AUGGCUUGCUGUGCUCCCAACUCUCACCCCACCCCCUCUCUCACCUUCAGAGCUCACAGUGCCACUGAUGGAACUACUGGUGAUGAAGGAUGUGAGCGCAACGUAAGGUGUGAGUGUGAUGCUGGGUACAGACUGAAUGUAGAUGGAACAGGAUGUCAAGGUUGCCCUGCUGGAACUUAUCGCUCUCUGACUGGUUUCCAAGAGAGCUGCGCCUUUUGCCCUAAGAAAACAGCAUUAGAUCUGGAGUUUGCUCCAAUUUGUAGCUGUAUAAAUGGAUUCUUUAGAGACGAGGACACUAACGAAGGCCCUGGAGUGGAUUGUACAACUCCCCCUGGUCCAGUAACUGACCUCAAAACAACCGCCAACACUUCCACUAGUGUUACACUCGAAUGGACCAGACCUGAGGUCAUCGGAAGAGAUGACUUCUACUACACAUAUCAGAUCUUUGAUCCCGACCACAUUUUACCUGACACUCCUAGGAGAUUGUCUUUCACUGCAUCAUCACCAAAAAUAACAUACACUGAAGAUCGUUUGCGGCCUGUGACACCUUUCACGUUUAGAAUCAUUACCCAUAAUGGAGUCAGUGAUGAGGACAAGGAAAAUGCAGCCUUGAGAAAAGUUGAGCUUGUAAUAAAGACCAGAGAAGGUGUACCGAGUGCACCGAGAGAUGUCAGGGUGUUCACCGAGGUAGUGGUGUGGGGACCUCCUCAGAAUCCAAACGGCAUUAUUACCGGCUAUGAAGUCAAGUUAGUGACUCUUUCUUAAGGUCAGAAAGUGUCAACAAGGAAGCUUCAGAGAGCUAUCACAUCAUAAGUGAUACUGAUCUCAGCCGCCUGCAAGAUUCCAUUCAAGUUGAGGUAAGAGCAAAGACAAGAGCUGGGUUCGGAGACUAUAGCUUUCCUCAAAGUGUACCUCGUGGUAGCAUUACCACUACUACUUCGCCCCCUUGUCCAACAGAACUUCCCCCACCCCCACCCCCACCCCCUUG